CUUGGUGACGAACUCUCCAUUUGUUUUGUGCUACCAAGUUUUCGGUCGAUAAUCACUCAUUUUAACCACUUUAUCGAAUUAAAAACAAAGUUUUUGUAAUCAUGGGAAGAGGUCAAGACGAGGACGAGGAAGGUCAACCUCUGUGUUGCUGUGAAUACAUGAAUGAAAGUGGAGAUAAAAGUCAUUUAUUGGCGCUGUGUUGUGACUGCCAGGAAGUGGACGAAGCUUGUGACAGGCUGCUCAAGAGGCAAACAGUCGAUAAAGAAAAAUUCUCCAAAGCCUUCUCAGUCGUCAAGGAUCGAGUUCGCAUCCCGACAUUCUUCGGUGCCGGUGCCAAACGUCUUGACCAACUGCUGGACACCACAGCAAUCCCACCCAUUGUGAUCGUCCCGGCGUGGAUUUACCUCGCAUCGAUACACAUCAUCGCUGCAACUAUUUUGUUCUCAUUUGUUCCCCCUUUAAUUCUUCUUUACCACCAGCUGUUUUUGCGACAUCGACGACGGACUCAGUUCUUCAUGAGUUGGGGUCUGACGUCCGUGUUUUCAAUCUAUGGAUUCUUUUAUUUCUACGUGAGCUCAGACCUCAGCGUUACUGAGUUCACAGUUACAACUGUUUUAUUUGUGUUCACUCUAAUGGCUUUUUUCAAAUCGAAGCACGGACCGGGUGUCGUUAAAGUAGAGCAAGCGUCCCCGAAUCAAAACUUUUUCAAAGUCCUACCCGAAUCGACGAUCGUAACUGAAAGUGACGCAAACCUGCAACGUAGAAAUCACUCCGGCAGCGAUUGCAGUACCUCAGACAACGGAUGUGCCUCGGAGAAAUCACAUGAGACGAGUGCUCUUAUUGGUAGAGAGCAGCAUUCUGGUAGCGAAGCCACCAAUCAGGAAUCAGAAGACUGGUGUGAUGUUUGUAAACUACUCAAACCAGAGAGAGCUGGUCACUGCAGGACAUGUGGUCACUGCGUAAACAGAUUAGACCAUCACUGUGUUUGGAUUGAUAGUUGCAUCGGAGUUGGUAACCAUCGUUCGUUUCUACUGGCAGCUAUUCUGUUUGUAUUUGGUGGUGUUGUAGGAGGAUACCAGUCACUGAGCACAAUUUGUUCUCUUCGGCUUGAUGAGUUGCUUGAAUGCUGUGCUGUUUCAUUCACAAAUAGAAGGACCGCAGUCAUCUUGGUCUCCAUCAUCUACACUGCGCUUGCCACAAUAUGCGUCCUGGCCCUCCUUGUACAACAGUUUCAUCUGAUCACGCAUAAUUGGACGUACCGGGAACGCAAACUGUCCACGCGGUCGCACAGGCAUCGAGAGAAACUGUUCGAGUUAGACAGAGGCCUUUUGACAAACUGGGUUGAUUUUCUCUUAAUGAGGCAAGGGGAGGAUAAACCUUCGAUAGGUUUGACUAAUGUGUGAUGGAUGUACAAAGUUAACCCUCCUACAUGUCUGACCAUUCAUGUUGGCGUUUAAGUGGUAUCUAGCCCCGGCUUUUUGAUAUUGAAUCUUAAAGAGUAAAGACACUGGACACUAUUGGUAAUUGUCAAAGACUAGCCUUCUC